GUGGAGGUUGCCGAGCUCCUUGACGCCCACGGUACUUAACUUGGCGCUGGCCUAUCGACAUGCGCGUCGGGUCGGAACACCUGGGCUCUCGAUGCAGGCGGACAAACAGUGGCCGACUAUAUCGUCCAAAUCAUGAACCCACGACGACUGGUUUCCCAUGCGCCUGCGACACCAUCGGCCUCGACUUGGAUUCAGCACCCUGGGCUGGCCCACGGUUUUUAGAAAACCGCUCGAACUCGACUCGGACACCGAAGUCGAAUUGAUCUCGAACGUGGAAGAACGAAAGGGCUGAGCUCUACCGCAGCGGGCAGCACGGCUCCUGCUAUCCGGUCACCUCAGUGGGUUCACUGGGUUGGGUUGACCUGCCUCCAGGCCCCAGUCUGGAGAAGUGACGUCGUUUUAGGGAUCGGCUGAUCUGUGCGUUCAGGGCAGUGGUUGCCUGCCGGGGACCCCACUAGUGCUGUCCGACAGCCAUGGCGCCCCAGAACGAGCCACUGCGGAAUGUGCGCCCGCCGCCUGCGCCGCGCCUCUUUUCCCGCCUGUCGCACAUGUCGAAGCGCUCUUUCUUGUCGCAUUCAUCUUCCUUCGAGGCCGACGACGAGCGAUCCAGCACCGCCUCCGUGGGAGAUUUCGGCAUGAUGAGUCGCAGCAGAAGUAACAGCGGCAGCAGCAGUUUGGGCAUUCCGCCGUCGCGGUACCCAGGGGACGAUACAAGGCCCACAAGCUCCAAGGAGCUCGCCGGCUGGUACGCCUAUGCUUUCGCCGCCGAGGUCUACGUGAUUUGCGCCUCGUUCAUUCCGAUACUACUCGAGAGCUUGGCCAGGGAAAAUGGCGUCCUCCUCGCCGACCGGAAAACGCCUUGUGGCUCUAGCUCUAACAAGAACACAACCGAUGGCGGCCAGUGCAUCGUUUAUGUGCUGGGCAUGGAGAUCAACACGGCAAGCUUCGCCAUGUACACAUUCAGCGUCAGCGUCCUGCUGCAGGCGCUUCUAGUGGUGAGCAUCAGCUGCGCCGCGGACCAUGGCAAUUACCGCAAGAAGCUGCUGCUCGCGUUUGCCUGGAUCGGGAGCUCCAGCGUCAUGCUCUACAUCUUCGUCUCCAAGAGCCUCUAUCUGUUUGGCGCCCUGCUCGCUAUCAUCUCGAAUACCUCCUUCGGCGCCUCAUUUGUGCUUCUAAACUCGUUUCUCCCCCUUCUCGUCAGGCACCAUCCCGAAGUUAGCCAUGCUGAAGCCGAGGGUGCCCAUUUCGCCGCGAACGGUCAAGGGUUCGGCUGUCACGACUAUGUCGGAGUUGAGAGUGGACUGGCCGACUCAACUGCGGCAUUACUGCCCAAUGGUCCUGUCGAGGAAGGGCAGCCCAUGGCCCGGGUGCAGACGCGCGAGGAGCUGACGUCACAGGAGCUGAACCUCUCGACGCAGAUUUCAGCCAAGGGCAUCGGGAUUGGGUACAUUGCAGCCCUGUUCGUGCAAUGCGUCGCCAUCUUCAUUCUCAUUCGCAUGAAGAACACAACAUGGUCACAGCGCGUUGUCCUCUUCGUCAUCGGCGCCUGGUGGGCCGGAUUUACCAUUCCCGCAGCCAUGUGGCUCCGUCCUCGGCCGGGACCUCCCUUACCAGCAGCAUCCAACCACAAAGGGAUCCGGGGCUUCGUCUCCUCCACCCUCUACGCGUGGAAGUCUCUGUUCCGCACGAUACAGCUGGCAAGACGUCUCAUUGACAUUGUCCUCUUCCUCGGCGGCUGGUUCCUCCUGUCCGAUGCCAUCGCCACCACCUCCUCCACGGCCAUCCUCUUCGCAAAGACGCAGCUCCACAUGGAACCCUGGGCACUAGGCAUGAUCAACGUCAUCUCAACGACAGCCGGUAUUGCCGGCGCCUUCUCAUGGUCCUCCAUCUCGCGCCGCUUCCGCCUGCAGGCGCACCAGACCAUCCUCGCGUGCAUUGCGCUGUUCGAGAUCAUCCCGCUGUACGGUCUUGCGGGAUACCUCCCCUUCGUCCGGAGCUGGGGCGUGUUUGGGCUGCAGCAGCCGUGGGAAAUGUAUCCGCUCGCUGCGGUGUAUGGGUUUGUGCUCGGGGGUCUGAGCGGGUACUGCCGCUCGCUGUACGGCGAGCUAAUCCCGCCGGGAUCCGAGGCGGCGUUUUACGCGCUGUAUGCGAUCACCGAUAAAGGGUCGAGCGUGUUUGGGCCGGCGAUUGUCGGGGCAAUUAUCGAUGCCUCGGGCGAGAUCAGGCCGGCGUUUUGGUUCCUUGCCGCACUGGUCGGGUUGCCGGCGCCGCUCAUUUGGUGUAUCAACGUCGAGAGGGGCCGGAGUGAGGGGGAGAAGCUGGCUGAGAUCAUUGAGGGGUUCAAACUCGCCCAGGAGGAGAGGGACGGCGAUGAGGAGAGCCGGGCUAUUUUGGAUGCUUAUGAUGAGGAGACGGAUCGGUGA